AUGGAUGACACACUACCCCCGUCUCAGCAGGAUGAGGGCUAUUCCGAAGAUCCGCUCAACCCCGUCCUGAGCGGCUCGUCCCUCUCCCUUAAGUCGCGUGGUGAUCUUCUCGCAGCCUCGCUCGCCUCCAGAUCCGCCUCCAACGAACUGCCGCCAUGGCUAUUGCGCCAUCUCUCCACGCUGUCCAUUGCUAACAAGACACAACUUGCUAUGUCAUUGCUCGACGACCUUCCCACAGGUGUCAUCUCCCAGAUCGUGCAGCAGCUGAAUCCCCGGCUCUAUAUCGACUUCAUCAGCUAUCUGCCUGCCGAGAUCUGUCUCAAGAUCCUUGAACACCUGGAUCCAGUCUCCCUCAUCACGGUCGCUCGGUCCUGCCGCGCCUGGUACGACUUGGCUCUCGACCGCAAACUCUGGGAGCAGCUUUAUUACAUGGAGGGGUGGCAGGCCAUCACGUCCGAGAUCCAGGCGUGGGAGGCCAAGGUCAACGAGAACCUCAACUCGUCAUCAGGGCCGCAGCAACAGCACUCGACUUCGUCUGAAGACGGCCAUGUGUCUAAGAAGCGCGCGAUAUCCAUGUCGCCGAGGCUGGAAAGAGAUCCCGACUACAUGAUGAUAGAUGCCGAUCGUCCCCUGAAGCAGGAACCACUGCAGGUGGAGACAAGCGAGUCCAGUCUGUUUGGCGGCCCAUCCACUGCUGGAAGUCUGAUGAGAAGCAGUAUGACGCCGGGUAUGGGCGAUUUGAAUAUGGACGGGUCGGGGACCAGCUGGACCUCUAAGAUCGACAAGAGACUCGGGGCUCUCGACAAGGGUAAGGGGAAAGCGGUCCAUCUGCCGUCGUCGCCGACCGAGUGUGUCAAAUCGCACUCUCUGCCCGAGAUGUUCCCAACCGAGAACCCAGGGUCCAUACCAAAAUCCACGCUGUGGAUGUGGGACUCGACAUCGAGUAGGUACAAGAUCAACUGGAAGUACCUCUACUCGAUGAGGCGACGAUUGGAGUUCAACUGGGAGGAAGGCAAUUUCAAGAACUUCCAGUUCCCUCACCCGGACCACCCCGAGGAGGGCCACACUGAAUGCAUCUACAGCAUACAGUUCAAUUCCGAAUAUCUCGUCAGCGGUAGCAGAGACGAUACGAUUCGCAUCUGGAGCAUGCAGACGCGCCGGCUUGUCCUCCCGCCUUUGACAGGCCACCGCGGCUCUGUGCUCUGCCUGCAGUUCGACUCCGAUCCAGAUGAAGACCUGAUCGUGUCAGGCAGCAGCGACUCGGAUGUUAUCUUGUGGCGCUUCUCUACUGGCCAGAUCAUACAGCGCCUCACUCGCGCUCAUCGCGAAUCCGUACUGAACGUCAAGUUCGACAAGCGCAUUCUGGUCACUUGUUCCAAGGACAAGACGAUCAAGAUCUUCAACCGGAGGGAGCUGAGGCCCGGAGAUUUAGGGUACGGAGAGGUCCUUGUCGCUCCCGUCCCGGUGCACCUCAAGGCUUACGGCUAUGACCCUCUGGACCAGCUGCCCGUGAAGCCCCCAUAUACGAUGAUCGGAAGCCUAGAGGGGCACAGCGCGGCUGUCAAUGCUGUGCAGAUCUGUGGGCGCGAAGUCGUCUCUGCCUCGGGUGACCGAAACGUUAAGAUCUGGGAUUGGCCGAACCAGUCGUGCCUCAGGACGUUCGUGGGACACAACAAGGGCAUUGCUUGCGUCCAGUACGACGGCAAAAGAAUUGUGUCGGGCAGCAGCGACAACGAAGUCAAAGUCUUUGACCGUCCCUCCGGAGUGGAGCUGGCCAGCCUCCAUUCGCACUCUAACUUGGUGCGGACGGUGCAAGCCGGCUUCGCGGACCUGCCGUACAGUGCGGAGGAGGACGCUGCCGAGGCUGCCAGAGUAGAUGCCGAGUAUUACAAGGCUGUCGAGCAAGGGACCAUUCCGAUGCAGUCGCAGGACCGCCGGCAUCCCCACCGUCAGGGUAACCAUGGCAGCAGGCGGCCAGAAGACAUCCAAGCGGUUGGCGCGAAACUGCCGCCAGGAGGAGGCGGUGGUCAAUACGCCCGCAUCGUCUCGGGCUCAUACGACGCGACGAUUAUCAUCUGGCGGAGAGACAAGGACGGCACUUGGAAGGCUCGGCACCACCUUAAGCAGGAGGAUGCCGCUCUAGCUUCUGGUCGAAGGCAGUUGCCCGAUACGCAGCUGCACGUUCCUCCACCGUCCGUUGCGCCCGACAGCAUCACCCCGAGCCCUGCCGCAAUGGGAGCCAGUACAAACGGCGCCUCGGUUCCGGCGGCUUCCAGCUCAGCGACACAGGCGAUACCCCCUAUCGCGCCAGCCCAGGCCGUCCCGACUGAUGAAUCUUCGGUCACGGCCAUUAAUCCCUCUUCCCACGCGUCCAUUUCGAACCUCAUCGAUAUCGCUGUUCCUCAGGGUGUACACGUGCUUCAACAGGCUCUAGCAUCGUAUCCGGCCAUGCUCAGCAUGCAAGGGCACCUCCAGGCGGCUAUUGACCGGGAGCAGAACCCAUUCCUGCGCUCACAACUGCGCCAGGCCGUGUCGACGGCACUGGUCCGGAACCAGAUUGCCCAGGCGAGAGCUCGUCAACAGUUGGGCAUCCAGGGUCUCCUCAACGGACCGUCCAUCGCAGGUCCCAGCUCAUCCAGCUCCAGCGGGCAGCAACAGGCCCCCGCGGCGGCUGGCUCGAGUUCUUCUGCAGCAGCAGCGGCGGCCGAUCCUGCCGUCACCCACCACGCCACUCCCUCUAUACCCCACCCUGUCGUCGCCAUCGGCACUUCGGGUACGGCGAGCGCAGGAGGUUCUCAGGAGGCGACGGCGGCGGCGAGCGCCGCUGUCGUCGACACCACGGGCCAGAUCACCCCGAUGCCGCACACGGUGCAGCCGGCGCCCGCCACCAUCACGGGCGCGCCGCCGCCGACGGUGCUGCCGCCGGCCGCCGGUGCCCCGAGGGCGGUCCACCACCCGCACCUCGCGGACGCCGGGACCAGCCCGCGCGUCUUCAAGCUGCAGUUUGACGCCCGCCGUAUCAUCUGUUGUAGCCAGACGGGCGUCAUUGUCGGGUGGGAUUUCUGCAACGGCGACGAGGAGCUGGAGGAGUGCGCGAGGUUCUUUGCUACGGUUGAGUAG